AUGGCUGUAGAAAGAGCACAGCUGGAGGUAGCAUCUCCAUCUGAGGAUGAUGUCAGAGCAGCUGACAGGCUGCCAUCCACCCCACCUCCUCCUCCUCCAUCCCUCCGCCGCCUCCACCCCUCCCCAGUCCUUUAUUGUGAGUCUCAGCGGCAGCCUGGGAGAGUUAGUGCUGUGUGUGUGUCUGUGCACGCUCGCCAGUUAGGAGGAGGAGGAGGGAGGUGGUAUCUCGUUCCCCCUCCAACAUCUCCUCCACUUUGCAUCUGUCCCUCGCAGUUUGAACAGCGUGUUUUUUUUGUUUUGUUUUCUUUUUUUUCCUGCCUCCCUCUUCUUCUGCUCUGCUCCUCUACCCACUCAUUGAUUCAGAAAGGGAAGGAUACGCUGCCAUUCCCAGCCAGAGAGCCCGGUUAUUCUGCCACAGUGGAGUUAAUCAAGUUGAUGCAUACUGCUGCAGGUUAUGAGGACGGCAGGAUGGAGUUCCCAGACCACAGCAGACAUUUACUCCAGUGUCUGAGCGAGCAGCGGCACCAGGGCUUCCUGUGCGACUCCACCGUGCUGGUGGGCGAUGCCCAGUUCCGAGCCCACCGGGCCGUGCUGGCCUCCUGCAGCAUGUACUUCCACCUCUUCUACAAGGACCAGCUGGACAAGCGGGACGUGGUGCACCUCAACAGCGACAUCGUCACGGCCCCGGCCUUCUCCCUGCUCCUGGAGUUCAUGUACGAGGGCAAGCUGCAGUUCCAGGACCUCCCCGUAGAGGACGUGCUGGCCGCCGCCAGCUACCUGCACAUGUAUGACAUUGUCAAGGUGUGUAAGAAGCGUUUGAAGCAGAAGGCCACGGCGGAGGCCGACAGCACGCGCAGGGAGGACGACGGCGGCUCCAGCUGCUCCGACAAGGCCGACAGCCUAUCAGACGGCUCCACCGGCCGGCCGGCCACCGCCGACCUGCUGCACAGCGACGAAGAGGAGGAGGGGAAGGCAGAGGGAGGCCCUCUGUGGCUGAGGCUGCCGCCCGCCGAGCGGCCCGGCACGCCGGCCGUGGCCACCGCCAGCCCCGCGCACGCCGACGCGGGGACGCAGGGCCCCGAGGCCGCCGGGGAGGGAGGGAAGGCGCCGUCCCCGGCCGGCAGCCCCAGCAGCUCCACGGGAUCCGCGUCCCAGAAGUCCCACCGCUCCAUGAGUUCCCGGGGAGGGCACCGGGGCCGGCGGGUGUCCAACGACGCGGCCGACUGCGUCCUGGACCUGUCCGUCAAGCCCAUCGCCAGCAGCAACCACCACCAGUCCUACUUCAGCGGGGCGGCCACGCCGGACCGCCUGCAGAGCCCGCUGGCCGUGAGGGUGAAGGUGGAGAGGGGCGUGGCCUCGGACGAGGAAGAGGAGCUGGGAGGCGGGGACUACGACAUGGAGCACAGCGGCCUGGCCAAGGCCACGGCUCCCAGCACCAACGGGGGCCUGGCCCACCACGGGGUGGGGGGGCCCCUGUCGGCCCAGCGGCGGCUGGGGCUGGAGGCGCACCUGUCCGCCCUGCGCGAGGCCUCCCUGGCCUCGGAGCUGGAGCGGGACGAGAAGCCCCCGGCCUCGGCGGACGACGAGGACAUCUUGGGGGGGGAGAGCGAGCGCGCCCAGGCCGAGGCGGCCAGCAUGGAUAGCUCGCUGCUGCCUUACGUGUCCAACAUGCUGUCGGCCCAGCACACCCAGAUCUUCAUGUGCCCGCUGUGCAACAAGGUGUUCCCGUCCCCGCACAUCCUCCAGCUGCACCUCAGCUCCCACUUCAGGGAGCAGGAGGGCAUCCGCUCCAAGCCCGCCGGGGACGUCAACGUGCCCACCUGCACCAUCUGCAGCAAGACCUUCUCCUGCAUGUACACGCUGAAGCGCCACGAGCGGACACACUCCGGCGAAAAGCCCUACACCUGCACCACCUGCGGCAAGAGCUUCCAGUACUCGCACAACCUCAGCCGCCACGCGGUGGUGCACACGCGCGAGAAGCCGCACGCCUGCAAGUGGUGCGAGCGGCGCUUCACGCAGUCCGGGGACCUCUACCGACACAUCCGCAAGUUCCACUGCGAACUGGUCAACUCGCUGUCCGUCAAGAGCGAGCCGCUGGCGCUGCCCAAUGUCAGGGAUUGGGCCAUCGAGGACAGCUCCCAGGAACUGUGGAAGUAG